ACCGCCAACCCGCUCCCCUUUGCCUCCUUCUCCAAUCACCGCAACCGCUGGCCUCCUUCCGCCAUCCUGCAUUGUUCCACCACUCUGUUGUCCCUUCUCUUUUUACACAAAAAUGUGCGAAGGGGCUUCUUCCACAAAAGCCUCAACGGCGUUUCGGAGAACGUUGAUCUGCAGCAAAAAAGAUAUGGAUGUUGAUACAUUUGAUUAAUCGAGUCUCUCUUUUGGGGAAAAUGUUUCCGAGGGAUUGACUUCCAUGAUGAAUUUCGGCGGGUCGUUGGUGGCGUCGACGGAGAGAAUGAUAGAGGUUGCUCAUCUCAUCCUCAGCUUUCCUGAGGAAAGGCCCAUUGUUGUUCUCACCUCCAUGGGAAAGACUACGAACAAGCCCCUCCGUGCAGGAGAGAAAGCUCCAGGCUGCGGAUACUGUAACGUGAUGAAGAUUGAAGAUCUGCACUAUACAAAGAAACAUCAUCUUAGGGAAGAAGGUUCGAUCAUCAGUCAAACAAUUAUGUGAGUUUUUUCGGAAAGGAAAACAUUGUGGGCGUGUCUAUGUCUUGUGUUAUGCCAAUCCCAAACACAAGCAUCGACAAGGAGUAUCUACAUUUGCAUUCGGAGUUCCUUCACCAUCGUAUGUUUCUAUGAUUUUGCAUAGCCUUUUUCAAUCAUGCAAUUGUUAUGAAUGGUUCUUUUGCUUUCAAACUAAACAUAUGUUGCAAGAAACCAUAGCAUCAGUGUUUACAAAAUUGAGUAAAAUAUGAUCUUUUUAUGUACACACUUUCUAUAUAUUUUGUCUCGUUGUAUUUAAUCACCCACUGCAUGGAUCUCUCAAACAGUAGAUUCCAUUUGUGUUAUCCUCCUAUAUUUCCCCCAACAUUAACAUUGAGAGAAGGAUGGAUAGUGGAUGAGAUAAAUCGAUCUCAAUUUGAUUGAAAUUACUUAAUAUUGUUAUCAAUUUAUUGUGUGUUGAAUGAAUUGGACUCAGAGACACAACAUUGUUGCCGAAAAUGGUUAAUAUUAUUUAGGCUAUAUUUUCUACAUGCUAGUAUGGAAUCAAAACGAUUUGAAUGGUCAUUUCAAGAACUUGACUAUUGGUAUUAUAAAUAUUGUAGCAGCAUGUGUGAAUUUACUUAUGUUUUGCUUGAUUUCAUUAUUUUUCCCCUAUAUUAUUGUCUGUGCUUGACCUCGUUCGACACAGAGAUACAAUACUGUUGUGUAUUACAUAUUUAUCUGGAAAUGUUGUUUGUAUUUUAUGUUUGUUGUUGGGGAUCCAUUUUAUGAUAGAAUUAUUAUUGUUGGCUAGCACUUUGAGCAGA